AUGCCGGCGAUUUUAACGAAGAUUCGAGAGCAGGCGUCGAGGGUGCAGCUUCAGCCCUCGUUGGCUUUGGGAGUGGGAGUUGGAGUGGCACUGGCCGCGUGCGCAGUUUAUGGCACGAGAGAAAAGAAACAGGCUCCGCCGUGUAACAACAACAAUAAUUAUAAGGUAGAAAAAAAUGGAAAGCUCCACAGAGCAGUGGACGCGUCGAACGGCGCGUGCGGAGGCCGGUGCGGCGCCGACCAGUGUGCACUCUGCCGGGGGGACGCUGACACUGACAACAAGCAACACAUCGAAGAUGCAGAAGAUCUCCCUACACCCGAGGAACAUAUUCCUGGGCUCAAUCUGGAGUUCCUGAAGCAGCUGCUGUCCCUCGCCAAGAUCAUGGUGCCCGGAGUGAAGUGCCACGAGGUGGCGCUUCUAUCAGCACACACGUUUUGCUUGUUUAGCAGAACUUUAUUGUCCAUUUAUGUUGCUAGUUUGGAGGGGUCCAUUGUAAAACACAUAGUCCAAAAGGACUUUCGCCGCUUCGCAGCUCUACUCUUGCAAUGGUUCAGCAUAGCUGUCCCUGCGACAUUCAUCAACUCCAUGAUCCGCUACUUGGAGAGCCGUCUAGCUCUGGCUUUCAGAACCCGUCUGGUGAACCACGCGUACGAGCUAUACUUCAAAAACCAGACAUACUACAGAGUCGCUAACUUAGAUGCUAGGAUUGAAAAUGCUGAUCACAGACUCACAGAAGACGUAUCUGUGUUCACCCAAUCCGUGGCCCACCUGUACAGUUCACUUACAAAACCGCUCUUCGACUUGCUGCUCAUUGUACUGACCCUCGCCAGCUAUUCCAGCAAAAUGAAGGGCAACAUCUUUAUCGGUCCCGGCCUAUCAUUCAUCGUGAUCUGCCUAACGGGCCAGCUGCUGCGGCUGCUGAGUCCUCGGUUCGGAGCCUUGGCUGGUGAAGAGGCGCGGAUGAAGGCCAACCUAAGGCACGUCCAUGCUAGGCUGAUCGCUCAUGCUGAGGAGGUCGCCUUCUACGGCGGACAUAAGGUGGAACUAGGCCAAUUCCAAUCCGCCUACAAGGAACUAGUGACUCAGAUGACAUCUGUCUUUAACAAAAAGCUAUGGUACAUAAUGCUAGAGCAGUUCUUCAUGAAGUACGUCUGGUCCGGGACAGGCAUGGUCAUGCUGGCCUUGCCGAUUCUCACUGGCAAACAUGGAAAUGGCAGUUCUGGCGAAGGCAUCAGCGAGCGUACGGAGUACAUGACGACGUCCCGAAACUUGCUUAACUCGGCGGCUGACGCUAUCGAGAGACUCAUGUCCAGUUACAAGGAAAUAGUGACCUUGGCUGGCUACGCCACUCGCGUCUCGGACAUGCUGCUGGUGUUUAGUGAAGUAGCCCGCGGCAAGUGCGUAAGGGCUGUGCACGUGGCGCCCGUGGGCGGCUGUGGCACGUUCCAAGUCACCUUUAAGGACAAGCAACCUGUGCCACUCGGCAAGAUCACGUACACCAACGACUUGUCCAUUCGCCUGCGUAACGUGCCUAUCGUGACGCCGGCCUGCGACGUGGUGGCCAGCGGCGUGACACUGGACAUCGUGCCCGGCACCCACCUUCUCAUCGUCGGGCCCAACGGCUGCGGCAAGUCCAGCUUGUUCCGCAUAAUCUCGGGGCUGUGGCCCGUGUUCGGCGGUGAACUGGCCGUUCCGACGCCGUGCGCCUGCGCGGCCUGCGCCGACGACUGCGGCGCCACAGACGCGCACUGCACCUCCCGGCCCAUCAUGUUUUACAUCCCGCAGAGGCCGUACAUGUCGAUGGGGUCCCUGAUCGACCAAGUGACGUAUCCAUCUCGCGCGGCGGCCAAUGACCACGAAGCUGAAGCGAGGGCCGCUCAUAUACUACGCAUAGUGCGCCUUGAUGCUGUCGCCUCUCGUCAUGGGGGACUACGGGCCGUCAAGGACUGGAGGUCCACGCUCAGUGGCGGGGAGAAGCAGAGGAUGGCCAUGGCUAGAAUGUUCUACCACAGGCCGGUGUACGCACUGCUGGACGAGUGCACCAGCGCGGUGUCAAUGGAGACGGAGGUUGUGAUGUACGAGGAGGCAGUCAAGGAGGGCAUCACGCUGCUUUCCAUCACACAUCGCCCCAGCGUGUGGAAAUACCACACGCACGUCCUGGAGUUCGACGGCGCAGGCAGCUGGUCAUUCCGACCGCUCGAGAAGGACCCCUCCACGGUCGUAGAAGCGGUCACCCCCUCCACUGGAACAUCAGACAAUGAUGACAACUGAUAGAUGUGUUUUUUAAAAUAAAACAAUACAGGGUGUAAGAAAAUUUUGUUGAGACUUGAUUAUAGUUUUACGAUUUCUUACACCCUAUAUACAAUUUAAUUGACCGCCAUGUGCUACGGAUACAUUCAAAUAAAAAAAAAACCGCGAGCUGUUUUCCGAUUUUUACGAAUUAUUACUUACAUGCGUUAAAAUGAUAGAACUCUAUUGCGCGUACAAAAUUUACGCGCGUUUCUUUCCGCUGCGUUAGUGUAUUUCUUCGAUUUCGACAGUUAAAGACAUAUGUACUCGUGUAAUCGUAAAUGACCAACAUGGCGACCAAUAGAUGUUUUUUAAUGAAACAAAAGAACUUCCUCAGAAAAUGCUUUAACGUGCAGUGAAAACUGGAUCAAAACAUCGGUUAUAAGAUUAUCCCAAAUAUUCAUACGUACAUGACUUCCUUUCGUACUUUUUUUAUUAGUUCG